UGAAUAUUCAACAACUAUUGAGAAGCAUACAAAAUAUAGAACACAAAUUAUUUUCAUUACCGUCAUAAGCUGCCUGAUAGUUCUUGGAGCAGGAGGUGCCUUUUUUAUUGCUUUGGUGAAGUGGAAUCAUAAUCAUGAUGAUACUCCUCAAAACCACUUUGAAGUGGUUCAAGCAAAAGGACAAAUGAGGAUUCAGCAGGAUUUUACAGAAGAAUUAAAUAAUAAAACAUCUCUGGUUUAUCUUAACUUCACACAUGAUUUCUGUGAAGAGAUUGCAACAUGUAUCAAAUGGGAUAGCCUAACGAUUUUGCGGAACUGUGCUGUCACAGGACUUCGGAAUGGAAGCAUUGUGGUUGAAUUCACAAUAUUUUUACAGACUGAAAUAAGUCGGAUGUCAGUGGAAAUUUUAGACUCCACAUUUCGGAAAUCAUUCAUGAAGAAAGAGAAUGACUUUGAAUAUUUUGGAAAAUAUCCAGUGACCAGUGCCAGUUUAUCAUUAUCUAUUCUUACACCGUACACAAGUACCACGAAAGACGGAAACACAAUAUCUACAUUUCGUACUUUAACUAGAGCUGCAACUACUUUACAACCUAGUAUCGAUCCUUUUAGUAAAACCCUAUUUACUGUUUUACCGUCAUCUGUAACAUCUUCCAAGACGACCAGUUCCCCUACAACAUCCCCUUAUACAGGUUUUACUUCUAUCAUCACUUCUUCAAUGGCGGCUACUGCAAUUUCUACUACAAUGAUGAGUUCUAUCAUGGCCUCUACUUUUCCUUCCUCUGUUUCUCCUAAAACAUCGGUUACAAAAAUGUCAAUCCCUGCUGUACUCUCCACGACAGCAAUUUCACCUAAUGAAAAUUCUACUGUGACAAUGGGAAAAACUGCCUCUAAUUUCUCUUCCACACAUACUAUGAUUUCAACCCUGACCGCCACCCCUGAAGUUUUUACAGGCCCUGGUAGAGAAACAUCAACAACAAUCCCUGCACAAGCUACACAUGUUUCUAAAAGCACUUCUUUUUUGGAUAAAAUUUCAUUACUUUCAACUAACAUUCAUAACCCAUCAACAUCUCCUUUACAACCAAUACUGAGUUUAGAUGCAAGUGAUACUAAUUCAAGAACAGCUCUAUCAACGACAGCGAUUUCUACAUCAAUAUCAACAAAUGGUAUUGAUACUUCAGUUUCAGAUUCUUCGUCAAUCCCUUCUUCUUCUUCUUCAAUUCCGAUUAAAACUUUGCGAUCUACUGAAUCUCCGAAUACAUUCAAUACAUCAAGUGAGGAAAAAGCCGUAUGGACAUAUUCAAACGCAUCAUCUUCAACAAAAGAGGCACUUAUUAGAACCUCAAAAGUUACUUCUUUUCCUGUACCACCAACACCACAACCACAAGAAAUCCCUCACCUACGCACAGAUGUAACAAACACUGCAACAAAAACUCUUCAUUCAAUCUAUAAAACUACAACUACAUCUACAUAAGAAAUACCGAUCACACAAUCAAUGGCAGAUAAAACAACCACUAAACUUCAAUUGAAAUAACCCUUUAUCUUUGCAACAUAUAUCAUCUAUCUUUCACGGGACAAUUAAGGACGACUAAUAUAUUAAACGCUUAACUGUAUAUGUAAUCAGAUCUAAGCUUUAAAAAAAUUAAGCAAUCUACUAAAAUUUUUAAAUUC